AUGGCUUCGGUCUUCGAGUGGCAGCCUAACAGGUUUCUGCAGGACCAGCCGAGUCCUCAGCCCUUUGCCCUCCUGGUGCUCAACCAGCCGCUCAAGAAUAGCAGCAACCUGCGCAAGCUUUGGAGACACUCAUCUCUCCGCGUAGCUGCCGACGGAGGCGCCAAUCGUCUUCAUGAGCUUUCUUCAUUUCAGGGCAAAUUUUCGAACCUUCAAGUCAUCAUUGGCGAUCUCGAUUCAUUGAGACCCUCAGUCCACAACUUCUACACCUCCCAGCACACCCCCGCCCAGAUCAUCCAUGAUACCGACCAAGAAACCACCGACUUUGGCAAGGCCAUCACCUGGAUCCGCAAGACGCAGCCCGCCGGAACCGACAUCAUCGCCCUGGGUGGCAUUGGCGGCCGUAUUGACCAGGGCCUCAGUCAGCUUCACCACCUCUACCUCUUCCAGCCCGAUGCCGCGUAUGCAGAUGGCCGCAUCUACCUUCUCUCCGGGUCCAGCUUGACCUUUCUCCUGAAGGCUGGCACUCAUCGCAUCCAGGUCAAGGAGGAUGGUGAGGAGGAGGUGUUUGGCAAGCACGUCGGAAUCAUCCCGCUCCAGGAGCCGAGCCGCAUCACAACCAAGGGACUGGAGUGGGAUGUCACCGACUGGGAAACGCGAAUGGGCGGCAGAGUUAGCACCAGCAACCAUGUUCUUCCGGAAACCAAGGUCGUCGAGGUGCAAACGACAAAGGACGUCCUCUUCACGAUAGCGCUGAGCAAUACCGAGGGCGAGGAGGACGGAUAG